AUGCAUAAAGAAAGUCCAAUAUCUCUUGCUUAUUUUGGUAUAUUCGAUGGUCAUGGUGGUAAAGAAGCAGCUGAAUAUGCACGACAAAGUUUAUGUCAACAUAUUCUUGAACAAGAUGAUUUUUGGCCAAAUACUUCCGAUGAAAAUCAAAAUGAUCAAUUAAUAUUAUCAGCUAUUCGACAAGGUUUUCUUGCAUGUCAUAAUGAUAUGUGGAAUCAUGUUGAAAAAUGGGCAAAAACAUCAUCCGGAUUACCGAGUACUUCAGGUUGUACAGCAAGUGUUGCAUUUGUUCGUGGAAAUAAAUUAUAUAUUGGUCAUGUUGGUGAUUCAGCUAUUGUCUUAGGUGAAGGUGAAACCUUAUAUAAACCAUGGUUACCCAAUCGUCUAACACGUGAUCAUAAACCUGAAGAUCCACUUGAAUUAAAACGUAUACGUGAAAGUGGUGGAAAUGUUCUUUGUAAAGCUGGUGUUCAUCGUGUUGUUUGGAAUAGACAAAAAAGCACAACAACAUCAUCACAUCAAUAUCGUCAUCGACAUCAACAUUCAAUAACAACAACAACGACAACAGCAGGAACAACAAUUGAAUAUGAACAAAUACCAUUUUUAGCUGUUUCACGAGCAUUAGGAGAUUUAUGGAGUUUAAAUACAAAUACAAAUCUUUAUUCUGUUUCACCUGAACCUGAAUUAACUGUUAUUGAAAUUGAUCCAAAUAAACAUCGAUGUUUAAUAUUAGCAAGUGAUGGUCUUUGGAAUAUGAUAACACCAGAAGCAGCUGUAGAAAUUGUUCGAAACUGUGAUGUUAAAACAGAAGAAAUGAUUCUUAAAUCAGAAGAUGAUGAUCAUCGACCAUUUCGUAAUCCAUCUCAUGAACUUGUACAAAAAGCUUUAACAUUAUGGCGUGAACGAAUGUUACGUUCUGAUAAUAUAACUUGUGUUACAGUUAUGCUUGAUCCACCUGGACCACCAUUUAGUGAUUGUAUUGUUAAAAAGAAAAAAGAAAGAUCAACCUAUUCUAUGUCAUCAUCAACAAAUUCAGUUUGUUCAGAUGAUACAAUUGAAUUAGAUCAUCCAUCACCACUCACUCCAACAACAAUGGCUAUAACAACACCUCAACGACGUAAACCUGCUUUAGAACGUAAAGAACAUAUUCUAACACCAAUAUCAAAUGGACCAACACCUGUGCGGACUCCAAAACGUCCAGCAUCGGAUGAUGUGUCAACAUUAAUUGUUGAUAGUCCACGUCGUAAAUUAAUAAAAACAAAUCAACAAAAAGAAAAUGGUCGAACAUCUCCUACAACAAAUGGAAAUUUUACUGAAUCAGAAAUGAUAUCUUCUCUUCCAUCAUCAUCAUCAUCAACAAAUACUGAAGAUGAUGAACAAGAAUUGCUAAGGCUUACUGAACAAACACCAAAAUUAUCCAUGUUGGAUGAUGACGAUGAUGAUGAUAGUGAUGAUUUAACUCGAAAAGUUGAACAAUGUCUGCGUCAUAACAGUGAACAACCAUUAGAAGAUCAUUUUAUGGAAAUUGAUCAACCUUCACAAGAUUUAUCAAAUGAAAAUUCGAAAGAAAAAUCUAAUCGUCGUCGUUCACAUUUUCGUCGUUUUUCUUUAUCAAAAACUUUUCAUAAUUCAUCAUCAAAUGAAGAAGAAUUAGAAAAACCAUCUCGUUUACAUCGAACACGUUCAGUUUCAACAACAAUACCAAUAAAUAAUGAAAUAAAAUCUAAAAUAAAUUUAUCACGUCGACGAAAAUCAUAUAGUAGUACAGGUUUAACAAUUGAUUCGAAUAAUAUUCAAAUAGAUAAAUUAAAUAAUAGUGAUAAAAAUUUAACAACAAAUAAUCUUGAAAAAAAAUCAACUUCAUCAAAAAUAAAAUCUUCGUUGUCAAAUUUUGUUAUUCCAACAUCAAAACAAUCAUUUGCAAAUCGUGUUAAACGAGCCUUUUCACGUCCGCAUCGAGCUUCACCAUCAUCACGUCGUCUUAUUCAUUCCAUUGUUUCAACAUCAUCAUCAUCAUCAUCAACUUCAUAA